CUUGAGAAUCAGGCGGACGUUUCCAUAGGUUCCUGUUGCUCUCGACUGGUCAAUGCUUUUCUUGCUUCGUCAGUUUCGUUGGCAGUCGCAACAAGCCGAUCUGAAUCUUUCUCGUAGUCUUGAUCUCGACUUUACCUAUCACUGAGUGUUUGAUUCCCGCCAUACUACCUCUACUACACUCUCCUGCCAGAUACUUCAGAAUUUCAGAUACACUUCCACCAUUACCUACCACAUACUCGGUUGCGCAAAGACGGCGGCGGCAACGACCCCGAGAUUGCAGACAAGCUCAAGUGAAACGCUAUCUACAUCUACAUACAUACGAAGCAUACCUGUACCUUCCGAACAGCGGAACCGACUACGACGGCAGCGGUCACCUUGAACUUUCGGCAAAGAUACAGUACCAGUAGUAGCUUCUCUCCGCGCAUCGAUCUGUCGUGAACCAUCUCCAACUGAACUACCCUAAGCUCUCUUCUUUCUUCGGUCUUAUCCGCAUCAUCGCCGUGUCCGCCGCGGGUGCUUCAAGUUGCGUGCAUUAUUACCCGAGAAAUCCAGCAACAACAACAUCAACAAUAACACCAUCACCACAUCUCGGAAGCUUCGAUGGAGUCCUCAUCAGAAAUCACAAAAUCGCCCUCUCCUGGCACAUUGGCCAACGCCAACCCGGGCUUACCGGUCUCUGACACUGCGCUGUCCGGCGCCUCGCUCCCGUCUCCUCCAGAACGCUCCAGCUCUCAAGGCGGCAACCCCUUGUCCAAAACAACGAGCAAUGUUUCGUCACAUUCGCAUCGCCAGAGCUUCGCUGAGAACCAACGUCAUCCGCCCCCCUCGCCACGUACUCAGAGACACCCCUCCUUCACACAGCAAGCAAUUCAAGACCUGAUGAGCCACCCACCGCCAAACCGCCAUCAAAACCCUCGCUAUGUCGGCCGUGACUGGCGGGACAUUGCCAUUGGCGAGUUAUUGCAGCCGGAUGAAGUCAAAUGGGCGGAACUGGACACUAGUAUCCAAGAGGCCACCAAGACCCUGUUUCAAAGUAGUCCGAACAAUGUGGUCCUUGUCCGCCAGAACUCGUCUUCGAAGGAAGCCGUUUCUACCUUUGACCACAGCGAUCUCAAUGCCUACCUUUUGGCCGUCGUAGGCCUGGCAAAGCCCGAAGAAGAACAGGUCGCUCUAUAUACAGAUAUUUCGGUCAAAGCGCAGUCUCAGGAAGAGAUCCCGUUACGUACCCUCCAACCCAUCUUUCGCCACGAGGAACUGGUGAAGCUCCCAGCCGAUUCCACUCUCGAUAAAGCCAUUGAAGUGUUUGGAGGCGGCAUUCACCGCGUUCUGGUCACCAAUAAGGACUCAGAAGUGGUGGGUAUCUUGAGCCAGUUGCGCCUACUCGAGUUCUUCUGGUACGAGGCCGUCAAUUUCCCCUUAAUUGAUCGUCUUUACACGAUCCCGCUGCGUGAUCUUCAAAUCGGGACGCAGCAAAUCAUCGCCAUCAACGCUGACGCUCCUCUUGCCGAUGCUCUCUUUCUUAUGAGCUCCGAGGGGCUGACAUCUGUCGCGGUUGUGGAUAACGGCCACAACGUUGUGGGAAAUAUUUCCACCGUUGACGUGCGCCUCCUAACCAACGCCAACAGUCUGCCCCUGCUCAAGGCUUCAUGCAUGCACUUCGUCAGCGUCAUUCUCUCCGAACGUGGUGUCGAGCAUGGCCGUGACUCCUUCCCAGUUUUCUACGUCAAUCCGUAUUCUACCCUAGCUCACACGGUCGCCAAGCUGGUCGCAACGCAGUCUCAUCGUAUGUGGGUAGUCGAGUCCGCUUCGCCGUCGCCUAGCGCCCCGGCUACACCUUUACUGCAGGCUUCCAGCUUGCCUCCCCUUUCAACGUUAUCACCUCCGGUUGCUUCGCCCGGCAGAGCGGGCAGUCCUGCCCCUGGAUCGGCAGCUGUUGUCGUUCCUCCACCAGGUGCCAUCACAACGUCGACGCCCCAGUCGCCGCCAGCACAGGGGCCAUUCACCUCGGUUCCGGCUUCGGCGCUGCCGGGUGCUGGACUGUCAGGGCGCUUGACAGGCGUGGUGUCGUUGACGGACAUCCUAAACUUGUUUGCAAAGACAAGUGGCCUGAGGCCGUUGGAUCCUAGUGAGCAAAGGGCUAGGAGAAGACGGAGCUCGAGCUGUUCAGUCCGACCUACGCUGGAUACUGGGAGAGAUAAUGGAAGAGGAAGCAUUGAUUUUCGAAGGUGAUGUCCUGUAUAAGCAGAAAUCAAAGUUAAACACAUGGACAGCUUCAGGUAGAUUCGAUAAUUACUUUUGUAGGUAGCAAGAGGGUGGAGUCCGAUCAAGACAGCCCCGAUAUGCAUAAAACGGAACAGCUAUGGCUUGAAGCAAAAGGGGAUGCAUUCUACUGCCUUCCCUAUAUCUACUUGGUAAGGCAUUCGUUGUGGGUGGCUAGCAAGAUUGGGAUGGUUGCUGUGUUCAUUCUCUAUACGGGGUUCCAUAUAUGAUGCCGGCCUUUCAAAGCUGCAAACUAAACCGAAAUACGAUACUUUUCGACUAUGCAAUGGCGCCAUUAUCGCGCUGAUUUCUUUCUAGCUAGUAGUAUGGUUUUCCAUGACUUACAUGUCACAGACUAGCACGCCAUUUAACCUGAGCUUAUGGCAG